AUGCUAAAAUUGGUUUUUAUUUCUCUAUGUGUUGUGGCCCUUUGCUUGGCAAAGCCAGCCACAAGGGAUGUCUCCUUUAAUGAUCGUCCAAUAAUCCACACGACAACAGGAUGGCUACAAGGCACCACGGAGUCAUGUGGACUCUUCUGUAGCUACUACAGCUUCAGGGGGAUCCCCUAUGCAGCUCCACCAGUUGGACAGAACCGUUUUAGAGCACCACAACCCCAUCCUGGAUGGUCUGGAACACGUGAUGCUUCAGAACAUGGUGCUAGUUGCCCAUCAGGAUCCCGCUUGAGUCGUGUUGUCAAUGAGGAUUGUCUCUUCCUCAAUGUCUACUCGCAAGAUCUUGUUGGACGUCGUGCUGUGAUGGUGUGGAUUCACGGUGGCUCCUUCAGCGGUGGCAACGGUGAUUCCUUCACCUAUGGCCCAGAUCACAUUGUGGAUGACAAUGUUGUAAUGGUGACCAUCAACUACCGCCUUGGAGCUCUUGGGUUCCUCAGUACGGAAGAUCAACAUGCUACAGGAAAUUAUGGUCUCAAGGAUGCAAUUAUGGCUCUCCGCUGGCUUAGGGCGAAUAUUGCCAAUUUCGGUGGUGAUCCAGACAACAUUACAAUCUUCGGCGAGAGUGCUGGAGGCGCAGCUGUUCACUACCUCCUCUUGUCCCCAAGUGCUCGUGGACUCUUCCACAAAGCCAUCUCCCAGAGUGGAUCUGCUUUGAAUCCUUGGGCAUUCCAAACGAAUCCUCGUGAUGUGGCCUUCCAGCUUGCAAGAGAUUUAGGAUUCAAUAACAUCCAAACCACUGAACAAUUGAUCAAUACCCUGAGAACAGUUGAUCCCAUGAGGCUUGUGGAAGCAACUCCUGGAUCUAUGGACUAUCCCAUUGUUCGUGGAAUUCGCCCAAUUCCCUUCGUUCCUAGCGUAGAUCCUCCGGGCACAACGGGUGAUGAAGUUUUCCUCCCACGUGCCCCGAUUGACAUCAUGCGCGACGGACAAUUCACCCAGGUGCCCUACAUCACAGGCUACACGAGUGCCGAGAGUCUUGUGAUGAUUCGUGAACUUCUGCUGGAUCCCAGUGUCUUCCCCACAGUGAAUGCAAAUCCAGAGCUGAUGGUUCCCUUCUGGUGGAAUGUAGCACCAGGUAGUGCAGCAGCUCAGUCAAUUUCACGUCAAAUUGCUGAUUUCUACUGGAACGGUGUACAACUGCACAACGACAUCCGGGAACAAUGGACGCACUACCUUACAGAUUUAAUGUUCGUCUGGGGUAUCGAUCAGACAGUUCGUCUCCACGCCUCUCGGCAACAGCAGCCAGUUUUCUACUACCGCUUCAGCUUCGACGGUAGUCUCAACAUGAUCAAGAGGCUCACGCUCCUUACGGCUUAUCCUGGUGCUGUGCACGCCGAUGAUAUAUUCUACCUCUUCUCCGUCACGAGUAUUCCUCCACCACUUCUGCCUACCAAUGAAGCCAUCAUGACACGUCGUCGUAUGGUGAGACUCUGGACGAAUUUUGCCCGAUUUGGCCAUCCAACAGCCAAUCAGGAUACCAUUGUUCAGGUCAACUGGUCACGUGUGGCUGGAACUCAGGAAUUCCUCGAUAUCGACACACAGCUCCGCUUUGAUCGUCAUCCAUUCCAACAGAGGAUGGCCUUUUGGGACCGUCUUGAGGAUCGUCCAAUAAUCCACACGACAACAGGAUGGCUUCAAGGCACUACGGAAUCUUGUGGUCUCUUCUGUAGCUACUACAGCUUCAAAGGGAUCCCCUAUGCUGCUCCACCAACUGGACAGAAUCGCUUCAGAGCCCCACGACCGCAUCCUGGAUGGUCAGGGACACGUGAUGCUUCAGAACAUGGUGCUGGAUGUCCUUCUGGACGAAAUGUGGAAACGAAUACAAAUGAAGAUUGCCUCUUUCUCAAUAUCUACUCUCAAGAUCUCAUUGGGCGCAAAGCUGUAAUGGUGUGGAUUCAUGGGGGUGCCUUCAAUCUCGGUGAUGGAGAUUCCGGGAUGUACGGCCCUGACUUUAUUGUGGACGACAACGUUGUGAUGGUGUCCUUCAACUACCGAAUUGGAGUUCUUGGCUUCCUCAGUACGGGCGAUCAUCAUUCUACUGGCAAUUUUGGCCUCAAGGAUGCCAUCAUGGCCCUUCGAUGGGUACGAGAUAAUAUUCUAAACUUCGGUGGAGAUCCAGACAAUAUCACAAUCUUUGGUGAAAGCUCUGGUGGUGCAUCUGUUCACUAUCUCCUCCUAUCUCCGAGUGCUCGUGGACUCUUCCACAAAGCCAUCUCUCAGAGUGGAUCUGCUCUGAAUCCUUGGGCCUACCAACCAAAUCCUCGUGAAGUGGCCUUCCAGCUUGCAAGAGAUUUGGGUUUCCCCAAUAUUCAGACCACAGAGCAAUUGAUCAAUACACUGAGGACAAUUGAACCAUCGCGCCUUAUACAAGCAGUUCCCAGUCCAAUGCAGUAUCCCAUUGUUCGUGGCAACUUCCCACUUCCUUUCGUACCGUGCAUGGAUCCUCCAGGAACAACGGGUGAUGAAGUUUUCCUCCCACGUGCCCCGAUUGACAUCAUGCGCGACGGACAAUUCACCCAGGUGCCCUACAUCGCAGGCUACACGAGUGCCGAAAGUCUCGUGAUGAUCCGUGAACUCCUGCUCGAUGCCAGUGUCUUUGAUGUGGUAAACGCUAAUCCUGAACUAAUGGUUCCCUACUGGUGGAAUGUAGCUCCUGCAACGGCCCAAUCAAUUGCCCGCCAAAUUGCUGACUUCUACUGGGGCGGUGUACCUCUGCACACGGACAUCCGUGAACAAUGGACGCACUACCUUACAGAUUUAAUGUUCGUCUGGGGUGUUGAUCAAACUGCCCGAAUGCAUGCUGCACGUCAAUCACAGCCUGUCUACUACUACCGCUUCAGCUUCGAUGGAACCCUCAACAUGUUCAAGAGAUUGCUACUUCUAACCGCCUACCCGGGUGCUGUACAUGCAGAUGAUCUCUUCUACCUCUUCUCUGUCACGAGAUUCCCAAACAUUCUUCCACCAACAAGUGAUGCUGCAACAACUAGAAGACGAAUGGUGAGACUCUGGACGAACUUUGCACGUUUUGGCAAUCCAACUGCCAAUCAGGAUACACUCAUCCAGGUCAAUUGGGCACGAAUGACGAAUGCAAAUGAAUUCUUGGACAUUGAUACACAACUUAUUCCUGGCAGCAAUCCCUUCCAAGAACGUAUGGCCUUUUGGAAUCGUCUUGAGGCUCAAUACGGAUAAAAGGAUAUUUUAUUAAAAUUAUUUUCAAUAAAA